GACGCGGAUGAGGAGAUGAACUAUGUCAAGAUGAGCAAGAAGCACGAGAAAAGGUCGGAGAAGAGGGAUUUGUCUGAUAUGCCGACGUUGAGCGCGAGUUUUCUCACAUGGGCGAUCGAGAUUCAAUUCGAGGCAUCUUGGCGUGACGAAGCGGAGAGCAAAGCAGCCCAUCGACAAAGAGGGACUCGAGAGAAUAUCGGGCAACAGCAAGGGUCAGGCGGGUUGGAUGCUGCGAAGAAGGAUUUGAAGGCGACGCUCGAGUGGGACAUUGAGCCAAGCUGA